AGAGGCUAGGAGCGAUUGUUGAGCAAGCAUGUGCACAACUUGCUCGCAAUUGUUUUUUGCCAAUUGAAGAGGAAGAGAAAGUUGAAGAGGCAAUCCAUGAGGACUUUGGGGAGCAAGAAGAAUUCAUCCCAGAGAACUCACGAGAUGAUGUUGAACGAUCAAGUUCUUUGGUGGUAGACCACGAUCUUCCGUCUUUCACUUCAAGCUUUGAAGAGUUGCGCACAAGGAGGACAUGCAAGAGGAGCAUAUUGAAGAAAUUGCUUGGAAACUUUCCCUCCAUAUUGUGCUUGAUGAAGAGCGGGAAAAGGCGAGAAGGAAAGUUAUGGAGGAGGAGGUGAGCAUUAAAGAGGAGGAAGAUCUUGAUUGUUCCAAAGGGGAGGAACAAAAAGAAGUAGAAGGAAGGGAGGUUGUGGAAGAAGUAGAAGGAGCAAGUGGGGUCCAAUAUGAGGACCAGGCCGUUGUGGAUGAAGCAUCCACAAGUUACAAGAGCUACAAAAGCUUUCCACCCGACCUCGAUGCACUUUUGGAGAAGGACCCAUUUGCAGCUCUUUGCCAAGCCAAGGCCAAACCAUCGGCAUUCCCUCUUGGCGGAUGCAAUGGAAGUCAAUCGAUGAUGGACUAGAUGGUGUGGGGCAAAGAGAAAGAAGAAGAAGAGGUCUCGUGGGCGGAGCCUUAAAGUCUACCAAGUUCACGAGCCCUCAAUCAUGGAUUCGUCCAAUGCUCGUGGCUUGAGACUUCAUCUCACUGACAAGAAACUCAACUUCAAGGCGGUUCUCGGAUGGAUCAAAACUUGAGGAGCAACCGUCAGGCUUAUGAUGUAAAUGUAACGCUUGUUGGGAGGCGACCCAAUGUAGGUUUGUUUUUACUUUUAUGUUAUGUAAAAUUAUUUUGAAAUAAACUCGCCUUGCGUGA